CUCAUUACCAAUCUUUCAUGUUCUACACAUGCCUCCCACACUGCAGCUUCCUGGUAGCCGGUUGAAGUCUUCAUGGAGUGCUAGAGACAUGGAUUUAGAUGCUGAAUUACUUGGGCUUGAAAGUCAUCGUCGCAGGCAGCAGCAACAGUUGAUGGAUGAGAUGUCAAGUCUCUCCUCCCCAACCAGUUGGAAUUGUAACUUGGCUACUGCUGCAGCUUUUGCAGCUUCGUCUUUUGAUCGAAGUGGGGAUUUCAAUAGGCUCGGAGGUGUGAAACCUACUAACCUUGAUGAUGUUUUCGGAUCUAUUGAUCCUGCAAUUUUGCCUUAGUUCCAGGGACUUUCUCUAGAUGCCUCCGCAUCCCAAGCGCAGUCUCCAACUGGAAUGUAGAUGCGCCAGAACAUGAACCAGCAGCUCCGCUCGACCUAUCCUACAAGCCUUUCAUCCUCACCAGCCCGUGCAUCGUCAUCAAUGGGGAUUGACCCAUCUGGGGCUUCAGCAGCUGCAGCAGUUCUGAGUUCAAGGGCAGCUGCCUUUGCAAAGCGGAGCCAGAGCUUCAUCGAUAGAAGCACUGUGAACCAUCUCUCUGGGCUUCCUUUGCCUGCUUCUUCUGCAAAUGUAAUGCCUUCUAACCUUUCGGAUUGGGGAUCUCCAGAUGGGAAAUUGGGUUGGGGCAUCCAGAAAGAUGAGCUGAACAAAUUGAGAAAUCUCCCUCGGCAUCACAAAUCCCAUUUUACUUUUCUUUUCUUAUUUCUUUAUUUUUUCUUUUACUUCCUUUACCACCACGCACCGACCC